AUGGUGAGACGGACUUCUCUUCUAGGAUCGCCCCUGGUGUCCUGCGCGGUGCGCGUUCUGCUGGGUGCAGUGCUGGUGCAAACUAGGAUACAGGGGCCGGCCAACAAGGAACAGCCAUACGCCUCCAUUGUGUACACGGCCGUGGCGCGUGGCAAGGUGGCCCUGCCGUGCGACAUCAGCCCCCCAACACCGGACGACUCCGUGACUCUGGUGCUGUGGUACAAGGACGAGAGCCUAGCACCUAUCUUCACGCUCGACUCACGUCGGGCCCACGUUGACCAGGCCCGCCAAUCACUUUCGGGACACGGCCUGGAUCACCGGGCCCACUUCAACAUGGCCAAUCAACCGGCCUUUCUGCAGAUAGAUCCUGUCGAAGAGGCGGAUGCCGGAGAGUACCGAUGCCGAGUGGACUUCCGCCGCGGCCGAUCUAUCAACACCGUCAUUCACCUCAACGUGAUAGUGCCCCCCGGCGAUCCCAUCAUCGUGGAUGAAGACGGCCGCAGGAUGGAGGGACUGGUGGGCCGCUUCAACGAAGGGGAAAAUCUCCGGCUCGUCUGCCAAGUGCAGGGAGGUAAGCCUCGUCCGGUGGUCACGUGGUGGCGCGACAAGCGGCUGGUGGACGACAACUACACCGUGGUGGGUGACUCGGUGCACAACAGCAUCGAGAUACGUGAACUGAGGCGCGCCGACUUCCUCGUUGUGCUCACGUGCCAGGCCAGCAACAACAACGUUACGGUGGCUGCUUCUCGCUCCAUCACGCUCGACAUGAACUUGAUUCCACUGGACGUGACUAUCCAGCCACCGAAGCGGCCCCUGUCCGCCGAUAAGGAAAUUGAGUUGGUCUGUUCCUCGAGUGGAUCGAGACCCCCAGCACUGCUUACUUGGUGGAAAAGUGGAGAACAGAUCCUAUCUUCUAAGGAACACCAGGUUCAAGAGGGUGUGAGCACCAGCUCGAGCGUGAUCCUGUUUACGCCUCGAGCGGAGGAUAAUGGUCUCGUGCUGUCAUGCCGAGCAGAGAACCAGUUCAUCCCAGGAAGCGCGAUUGAGGAAGGCUGGAAGCUCGACGUUUUCUAUAAGCCUCGCAUCACAUUGGUGCUUGGUCAGAACCUCAAGGAGCACGAUAUUCACGAAGGCCGAGAUGUGUACCUGGAGUGUCACGUGGAUGCCAGCCCUGUGGCUACCGAGGUGACGUGGCUCUUCGAAGGUCAUGAAGUCGCCACUAACACCAGUGCCGGAGUCAUUGUUAGCAACCAGUCGCUAGUGCUGCAGAAGGUGCGGAGGUCCCGCCGUGGACGCUACAGCUGCACCGCCGCUAAUCGAGAAGGACACGGGACCAGCAACAUCUUUAUCUUGCGAGUAAAAUUUGCACCAAUAUGCAAACCGGGCCAGAAGCGAAUCUACGGAGUAUCGCAAAUGGAUUCAGUGUCCGUACACUGCGAAUUGGAAGCGGAUCCAGGAGACGUGACCUUUCACUGGCGUUUCAACAGUUCGUCUAGUGGCAAGCGUAUCGACUUGGCCAGCUAUAGCCAUGCGCAGACACGCAGCACGGCCAUGUACUCUCCGCAGAAUAGCGAUGACUUUGGCUAUCUACUCUGUUGGGGAGCCAACGAGGUCGGCAAGCAGCUGCAUCCCUGCAACUUCACGGUCGUACCAGCAGGUCCACCGGAGGCUGUAAGCAACUGCAGCCAGUUGAAUGCCACCGAGGACUCGGUGUCGUUCGAGUGCGCCGAGGGCUCCUGGGACGGCGGCGUCACGCCAGUCACGUUCUUCGUCGAGCUUCACGACAUCGAAAGCGGCCGCCUGGUGGCGAACGCGCCCGCUUCCCCCGUGCCGGCGUUCGGCUUCUCGGGGCUUGCCGGUGGCACCUCAUUUCAAGCCAGCAUGUACGCGAGGAACGCUAAAGGGCACCGGCCGCCUACACGCUUCGUCGUGAGCACGCUGCGGCCCGCCGAAAAGCUUACGGCUGGAAGCCAAGCCAUCAUAAUGAUAAGGCCCGUCCUAGGAGUCAUCAUGGGUAUCAUAUUAACCCUGGUCAUAGCAGCGAUCGUAAUUAUAAUCAUUAUAAAGUACAAGCAUCCUAGAAAAACAAGGGAUGACUACAAGGAAAGAACAGAUGACAAGUCACAGAGUCUGCUCAAAAAAGAUGGAGAGGAAUUCAUUGACAUAGAAGGCCGUGGCCCGGACAUUAUACCAGCAGCUCCAAUAACGUAUGAUGGGGUACACGAAGAUAAAAAACAAUACGAAGAGCAUGCUGUGGCGACUUACUACAAUUUGCCAGUUGCAGAGAAUGAGAUCGGUCACUCUGGAACGCUACCAUCUAGUAAAUAUACCAAUGGAAAGCAUACUUAUAAGCAGGAGGCCGCUGGUUCAGACCUAACUCACGUAGAGCUUGCCUUGUCAAGAUCGGGUGGAGCAUGCAUGUCGGCCACUCUACCACGGCCACACAGGACUGUCCUGGAUGAUUUUCGUGGCACCGAAUACGGCCGCAUAGACUUCCAACGAAGCACUGCUCUACGACCUCUUCCGUCAGGUCAUCAGAUUCCAGGCGGUCCUGAGGACAUGGACGAGAACGACAGCAUCAGGCCAAACCUUUCCGACACGCCUGUGGUUACGGGAAACCGAAUGGAAAGCACUGUCUAGCCAAGACAUAUUUUUUCUGUUUUUAUAGCUUUCAACACGGUUGAUACAGAAGAAGCCGAGCAGGGUCGCCCAUUCAACGUCCCAACUAAGGCGAAACAGUGCAAUCGUGGUGCGUGUCUGCGCAAGCGCCUCACCGGAUAACCAAACUGAACCUGUGAGAUGUAAAGUUCGUGAUUCUCCCCAAGUGCGCUUAGAGAGAAGGAAUACUGGACAUUUGCGUUUCUCGAAAACGAUGCACCGGAAUGCUACAGCUGUGCAACUGUAUCCAUAACAUGUGUGCAGAAGUUUGCAAGAUGACUACGCAGAGGUGCCUUUGAAAGGAACGGAUCACAGCAAGAGGAAAGUGUCGUGGUCAGCGGGGGCUCAAGUGCUCAACAAACGUGUUUCACCUGCAGUUGUGUUCAGUGACUUUGCGAAUCCGUAUGACUCAAUUUGUAUUGUACAUAAAAAAUACGGGCAAUGUUGACUUUACAGGGAAAAGAAAACCGAGGGCUGUUUUUGUGAAUAUGAGUGAUAUCUUUAGAGAAAAGUGUGGCUCUUCAGUCUUUCGUCUCUUCCACUCGCACGGGGAAUUCAGGUAAGCAGAGAGUAAACGAGUUCUUUAUUCUCGGA